GGUGCAUUGUGGGCUGGGAGGGGCCGCCAUUUUCGGUGAGGAGAGGGGGCGGAGCCACGGGCUGCUCAGUCAGGCUUGGGAGCUGAAGCCGGGAAGGAGCGGCAGCUGUGGCGGCGGCGGCGGCUUUGGGGGGUCCCGCCCGAUUGACAGCCGGCUGGGAAUGUAUGACAACAUGUCCACAAUGGUGUAUCUAAAGGAAGACAAGUUGGAGAAGCUUACUCAAGAUGAAAUUAUUUCUAAGACUAAACAAGUGAUUCAAGGACUAGAAGCACUAAAGAAUGAGCACAAUUCAAUCUUACAGAGUUUACUAGAGACACUGAAAUGUUUGAAGAAAGAUGACGAGACCAAUUUGGUGGAAGAAAAAUCAAACAUGAUUCGGAAGUCUUUGGAAAUGUUGGAGCUGGGACUCAGUGAAGCACAGGUAAUGAUGGCCUUGUCAAAUCAUUUAAAUGCAGUGGAAUCGGAGAAACAGAAAUUACGUGCUCAGGUCCGUCGGCUAUGCCAGGAAAAUCAGUGGCUAAGGGAUGAACUAGCUAACACUCAGCAAAAAUUACAAAAGAGUGAACAGUCUGUGGCUCAGCUGGAAGAAGAAAAAAAGCACCUUGAAUUUAUGAACCAGUUAAAAAAAUAUGAUGAUGAUAUAUCCCCUUCUGAAGAUAAAGACACAGAUUCUACCAAAGAACCACUGGAUGAUUUAUUUCCCAAUGAUGAAGAUGACCAAGGACAAGGAAUUCAGCAGCCACAUAGCAGUGCAGCGGCUGCAGCCCAACAAGGUGGUUAUGAGAUUCCAGCAAGAUUAAGGACUCUUCAUAACCUUGUUAUUCAGUACGCUUCCCAGGGUAGAUAUGAAGUUGCUGUACCCCUCUGUAAACAAGCACUUGAAGACCUGGAGAAGACUUCGGGCCACGAUCACCCUGAUGUUGCCACUAUGUUGAAUAUACUUGCAUUAGUGUACAGGGAUCAGAAUAAGUACAAAGAUGCAGCAAACUUACUGAAUGAUGCCUUGGCUAUACGUGAGAAGACCUUGGGCAAAGAUCAUCCUGCAGUUGCAGCCACCUUAAACAAUCUUGCUGUCCUUUACGGGAAAAGAGGCAAAUACAAGGAAGCUGAGCCUUUGUGCAAGAGAGCUUUGGAAAUCAGAGAGAAGGUCCUGGGGAAAGAUCAUCCAGAUGUUGCCAAACAAUUAAAUAAUUUGGCCUUACUAUGUCAGAACCAGGGUAAAUAUGAAGAAGUGGAAUACUACUAUCAACGAGCACUUGAAAUCUACCAAACUAAGUUGGGACCAGAUGACCCCAAUGUUGCAAAGACAAAGAAUAACUUGGCAUCCUGCUACCUGAAGCAAGGGAAAUUUAAGCAAGCAGAAACUUUGUAUAAAGAGAUCCUAACUCGUGCCCAUGAAAGGGAAUUUGGCUCUGUAGAUGAUGAGAACAAGCCCAUCUGGAUGCAUGCUGAAGAAAGAGAAGAAAGCAAAGGAAAGCAAAAAGAUGGCACAUCCUUUGGGGAAUAUGGAGGCUGGUACAAAGCUUGCAAAGUUGAUAGUCCAACAGUCACAACAACCUUAAAGAAUCUUGGGGCACUUUACAGACGUCAGGGCAAAUUUGAAGCUGCUGAAACAUUGGAAGAAGCAGCAAUGAGGUCUCGUAAACAGGGUCUUGACAAUGUUCACAAACAGAGAGUUGCCGAAGUCCUUAAUGAUCCUGAAAGUAUAGAGAGACGGCGAAGCCGCGAGAGCCUCAAUGUCGACGUGGUAAAGUAUGAGAGUGGCCCUGAUGGAGGAGAGGAAGUGAGUAUGAGCGUAGAGUGGAAUGGGGAUGGCACGGGAUCUCUAAAACGCAGUGGUUCCUUUAGCAAACUUCGUGCUUCAAUUAGACGCAGCAGUGAGAAGCUGGUUAGAAAGCUGAAGGGAGGAAGUUCACGAGAGAGUGAACCAAAGAAUCCUGGCAUGAAGCGUGCCAGUUCAUUGAAUGUUCUUAACAUGGGUGGCAAGGCAUCUGAAGACCAUACUCAAGGACGAAAUAAUUGUCUGACAGACUCAAGAGCUCUGAGUGCCAGUCACACUAAUUUGGCCCACUGAGGUUCUGGGACAGAUGCUAGCUAAAAUAUAUAUAUUAGCUAAAAUAUAUAUAUAUCUCUUGCGCAUUACAAAGCACUGAGGUUCAUAGGUAUUUUUGUGUGGGUCCCCAUCACUGUUUUUUUAGAACUCUCCAGGUUAGAGACAUCAUUGAAUGGACUCUUGUUCCUAGGCCAUAAAAUAAGUGGGGUUUUAAAGAACCAGAGUCAAUGACUAGCUUUUAUGUGGGAAAUGAGACUGUUUAUUUGUUGCUAGUUAUCUGGAAUUUUGUUAUACAGUCUCAUGAUGCAGUAUGCAAAAGCAGGGAAGUGGGAACCCCCAAUACAAGAAAUGUACUGAAAUUUUAAAAAGUGCAGAAGCAUCUUUGGAUGUGCGGCUAGAAAGUGAGUGUGUUAGUAACUAUUUAUAAAAUUGGAAUGAGAUACAGCUACAUUAAGAGUGUUGUGGUAUAAAAUAGAUUCCACACAAAAAAGCUUGUGUUAUCCUGCUAGUCAUUCGUGAUUGGGCUUCCUGGCCUUUAAUCUCUAAAGUAAAAUGCUAAUACCUUAGAAUGGAAUAGCUGUGAUACCAUUUCAGAUUGUGGCACUUUUUGGCUGAUCACUCGUGGCCUGCAAGGACAUAAAAAUCAAUGGAAGCAGUGCAAUUAACUUUAAACUGGGAGUGAAGAACUCAAGAAAUAGUCUAAAAGCCAGCCAGCUCACAAGUCUUUAUUCCAGUCGCCCGGAGCACUCCAUAUUCUCUUCAGAUUGGAAAUAUUAUUACGGUUAUCUCUUUUCUAGUUAUAUCCCUAUCCAUAAUGAGAAAACAGAAAGAUAAAAGCAACACUCAACUGUUACAUUUUGAAGCUGCUGUGCAAAAGGGCCUUUAUGGAGAAACUCGUUACUAAAAUUGUCAAAGGCAAGACUUGCUAUUGGCAUUUUUUUUCCUUCAUUCUCAUUUUGCUUACCCUUGGUCGAUGCACUGUCUGUUCUCAGGGGACCAGGUAGAAGAAAGUGAAUGUUUUGUUACUUAGUUUUACAGUCAAAUGAAACAAAUGUUUUUUAAAACUCUGUCUCCAUUUUACAAAAUUAUUUGUAAGCAAGAUGGAGAACAAAGUAUAUCAUGGGUAUAAAGUUAACACGCUGGCCAGUGGAAGGAUUACACAACAGUCGUUUUGUUUGUAAGACGAAAGGUAGCAAUUCAUUAAAUUAGUUUGCAGGGCUUUGAUGUCUCUAAAAGUUCAUACUUGUUUUGUAAAUUCUUGUUUUUAAACAGACUUGUAAAGAAUGACAAUGUUUGUGUGGUUGGUAUAUAUCAAUUGAAUCCUUCUGUGGUUACAUUUGUGUGAUCAUGCUCUUGAAGCUCGAUGCGGUUAAAUGGGUAGAACUUUAAGUGGAAUAUUGGAGAAUACCUGUGAAGGUGAGAGAAGCAUACCUGCGUGUACAUAAUGGAGUUUCUUUCAUUGUUGCUUGCCAUCUUUUGUUAAACUCUGAAGUUCUGCACAUAAUCUACAUUGGCCUUGGAACAUUAUUGGAACAAGAGAACAAAAAAACUGAGUACUUAAUGCCUAAGGCCUACACACUCCAUCCCUAAGCUGAAAGCUAAACUUAAGACAACUGUGGUCUGUUUACUGCCCAAUAUUCUUCCUGGAUGAUGUCUCCAUUAGGCAUUCCCUUCUAUAAAGGCCAUAGAUGCUUGGUGUGAGAUCUUUCAGCACUUCUGUACAGUGGAAAGGACUUCAUCUAUAAAAAAAACUAUGUAGAGAGCGAAACUCUGAUAAAUGCACUGUUGUGAUCUGGAUGUGUCUCUGAUACAGGUUCUGAUAGAAUGUCAGGCUGUUUUCAGAUACUUAGUCUUGUUGAUAAGUAAACAUGAAAUACUAAAAAUCUUUUAGAAACUAAAACUAGAUCUGUAUUAGUGCUUCAAAAUAAAAUCUUUUUAGGCUGAUGAUUGAUAGUCUGUUUUGUGCUUAGAAAUUGGUGUUACAAGCAUAGAAAAAAAUCUUAUCAGUCUAUGUCUGCUUUAGCACUUUACUUUCUGAUUGUGUUUUUAAAAAAGGAAUAUAAUUUCAAGAGAAAUAACUCAUGAACACUUGUCUGUGCUUGCUAACAUUUAGAAUUAUAUUGUCCUGUGUCUUUACAUGCCAUUAUUUUCAAAUGGAAUUGUCACAUUUUAGCUUUGAAAUGGGCAUAGGUCCUAGAACAGGGUUAGAUUUCAUAAGCUUGCCAUGAAGCUUAAGAACUAAACCGAUUUUCAUGAAGUAAAAUUCUUUGGGUUGGCCACAAAUGUGAGAAAAACUCUUUAGUACCUUUUAUUUUGAUCCAGGAUAUGGCUACCACAUCAUUGGAGAUGGACCAUCCCAUUAGGCUUCCCAAUGAAAGUACUUCUUUCUUACCUCAAUUGUUUUAUACUUCCAGUCAAUUCAAUGGGUAUUAUAUACAUUUGAAGAAAAAGGUUCCAGCUCAUCCUUUUCAUUUGUACAGUAGGCCAUAAUUACAAUAUCACACACACUAUGGAGCCUUGUGUUAGGUGCUGUGUCUCGCCCCAGCAAUUAUGUGAAAGGAUUGCAAAUGAACUAUCAUGGGUUUUAAUCGACAUUACUCUGAUAGUAGCUAGUUUAGAACCAUCCAUAUAGCGAUUAUCCUGAACUACUUUGCACGACUUUGUAUAAUCUUAUAGACAAUAGGAGUAACCAGUGGUCAUCACAAUAUUCUACAUGGUCAUUUCUAUCGUUUAUUAUAUUUUUGGACAGGUGGAGGGGAGGUAUUCUUGAUGCCUCCUAUCCUGUUCUCCAAAUUUUAUUGCACUGAGAGCAUUUUCCAGUUCAAAAUAACCAGUGGUCUUCCUAAAUUCGCUAGAAAGUGCUCUCAGCCAUUUUGCUGCAGUUGUGAGCACCUUUGUCAGCCAUUUUCUGGUUUGUUUAGUCCCUUUCAAAACAGGUGAUGAGAUGCCCGCUUUCUUUUUUCUCUGUCUUUUUGAAAAGGCCAAUAGAGGCCUAGAAACAAUGGAACUGUGAAAAUAUAUCCCUGUUGUAGUAAAAUGACUAAAUGCAUAUCUGGAGACCUUGAAGGACAUGAAAUUUUUCUAACCCCCCUCCCAUUUUAAAGGAAGAAGAAUGUGUAGCCCUGCUGGUAGAUGACCAAUUAUUAGCAAGCCUGCACUUGUGUAAAAUCCCUUGGGGGAAAAAGAGCUCUUUGUGGGACUACCUAUUCAUAGAAUAAUUGGGAAUAAUUCCAUUUUAAAUGUUGAGAAUAGAUAAUUUUGAGGCAGGUCCUUAAAAUAAGAGCCAGCAAAGGCCUUUUUCUUCGUGUUUUGAGUUCCUAAAACAACUCUCAUGAAUAUACUCUGACAAGGUUUUCCACAGGGAUUAUGGUUGCCAGAGAGAUUCCAUGGAGGCAAAGGUUGAGUCUGAGGAGCGAGAGCUCUUCUACAACUAACACAAUUCUGUGUACAAAUGCUGAAGCCAGCAGUGCUAAAUAUAUUUAGGCUGCUCUGGGUUUCUAUAAGUGCCUGCAAAACAUAGUUGUCCAAGGUCUCAUUAGAACAUAUCAGGCAUUAACAGAGAGAACAGACUUGAAUACAGACAAGGCAAUUUUGGAGUAUAUCUGAAAUUAAAAUUAAGACCUCUAUUGACUUUCAAAUAUGUAUGUAUUGUACAUAUUAUCUGAAAACAGAAUGUGCUCUGCUUAACUGAAAUUGUUUACAGUGUUAAGUUGAAACGAACCAAUUUUGUUCAAUAGGCCACUUUGUCUUUUUUCUUCCUUUCUGAAGGCUGCUAUCUUGUGUUCAAGUGAUGAUACGGAACAUGCACUUGCAGUAAAGAAAGCUUGUGUAAAGUAGCUCACCUCAUGAUCUUGCAUAUACUAGGUACUGCUCUGUACAAUAGAAAAUGUCAUGUCACUAGACUGUAGUUGAAUAGACUCCCUGUAGUCCUACAUUAAGACUUAUCUGUUCUUAUUUGUGCAUAUUGCAAGAAAAAAAAGGCUGAGCUCAAAAAUAGCAGACCUUUUAUGGCUCUCUUAACCAAGUCCUGACAUAUCUAACUUGUGCUUUCUCUCUUUUCUGUGUCAUCUUGGCAGUGAAAAGACUUGGGUACAGACAUGGUGUAAUGUCAGAAGUCUUAAAAUACACAGCAAGCUUACAUGUUAGUUCUGAUGCUGUUUGUUUUUCACAGAAUAGCAUGUGUUAAUGCAUUAUCGUUUGAAUGCUUUACAUAAACAUAACUUGAAAACACUGUGAAGCUAUUCAAGGCAAGAGGACUGACAAGGUGAUGUGUUCUAAUUUUUAAAAGGGAAGUCUUUCAUCAGAUAUGAUAGAAUUACCCUUCAGCUUUAAAAUGCAAACAUCCUUUUAGAAAUGGCAGUGGGAAGAAUGAUAAAGGAAUUUUAAUGCAGAUUUUAGUCAAAUUUCAGCCAAACUAUACCAAAGGAUAAAAAUAUCCAAAUUAGAAUUCCAUUCUUACUGGCUCUAAGAUGUAAUUGUGGCCAGAAUCCCAGCAUUUUUGGGAAUUAGAAUUGGGCAGCUCCAUAAUGUCUGUAUCCAGUGCUGUUGCUUUAGUACAUAACGAAGCAAAGUGACCGAAGCAGAACAGGACUGGCUUGCAUUGAUCUUGUUGUGCAUCAGGACAUUCUUGCUGGUAUCCCAUUACAUAUCUUUGCAGUUCACUAACAGUUCCCUAGUCCCUCUGCUAUGUAGCUAAGUACAUGUAGUUACAUAAUGUACGGAAUGACAGAGGAUUACAGCCCUUUCCUAUGAAACUAUGCUAUUGUUUGUUUAAAAAUAUAAUGUUCUGGGAUACUUUCAUUAUGCUCUUAAUCUACCACUUGGUUUCCCCAAAAUAAUUGUAUUCAUAAAGCAGCAUUAGAAUGUAGGGCAAAAAAAUUGCAUUGUACUUCUUGUUAAAGCACAAACAUUUUUGCAAAAGCGCAAAGCAUUUGUGGCCCAUUAUAAAUGUGUUUAACAUGUAAAGUUUCCUUGUCAUUUUCAUGUUAUAAAAAUAAAAUAUUUGAACAGACGAAA